AUGCAAUUCUUCUUCCCAAGGAGGCAUCGGCACUACAAGCUCACCCUCUACCUUAUGGUAGUUGAGUUUCCGAUCACAGUCGUUAUCCUGAUUCUGACGGGUCUUGCUUCGCACAAUACGUAUCGGACGUUGCUAUGGCAAGAUGGCGCAGACAACGGCUUCAAUAGCGCCCCCAAUGCGGCGCUGUACGCUGCGGCCAACUAUCGGCCAUUUACAGCUCCCAUGGUUUGGUCAUCUUUUAUGACCAACUAUAACCUAGUCAUCGGAGUUGUCAGCACCUUUAUGUUAAUCGUCAAAUUUCCUAUCCACUGCAUGCACCUGUUCUUCCCUCCGCUCGGAGCCUUCAUUCACGGUGCCAUCAUGGUACUCUAUAUUGUAUCGGCACGUUACCAGGCUGGUAGCGAUAUGUCGGACCCGAAGCACCCCCAGCCGGGGCCACCAUGGUAUAUUGCGAAGAGCUGCAGUGUUGCUGCACACAAGUCAAAUAUCGGUUAUUGCAUGCAAGCAAAGUCGCUCUUCGCCGUCUCGGUCGUUAUUAUUGCUCUCUACUUCGUUGAACUUGUUGUUGUUGUUCACUCCUGCUUCAUUACCAAGGAGGAGCGCGAGGAGAUCUUGGACCAAAGAGAAGAGAAACGCAUCGAGAAAGAGUUCGAGGAAGAGAUCCUCAAGUCGCCCAGCAUGAUCCCUAUGACGCCUGCCUUCAUGGGCCAGGGACAAGGCAUGAUGCCUCGAACCCCCGGUUACCCACCGAUGGCUGCUACAAGCCCUGUAACACACGGAGGGCCGCUCCAUGCCCCGUUUACUCCGCCGACCCCGGGGCGUACCCCAGGCUUUAACCGACUCGGCAGCAUAAAUACCUCGUCGGACCUCCCACUACGUGAUGCCUCCAUCAUGCCCACCACUCCACCAAUGCAGCCUCAACCACAGACGACAGAGCCCCAGUCAGGGCCAGGGUCACCUAUGUAUUUCCCACCACCGCCCAAGAAAGCGUCGAAGAAAUAA